AUGUUAACGAUUCUGCGUCUUUCUUGCACGUCCAUGCGUGUUAGUGAAGUAAAAAGAGCUUAGAAACGACAGCCACGCUCGCUUUAUCCAUCGCGUGAAUCGCUCCACCACAUGCUGCAAACGGACGGUGGGACAAACGUCAAACAAAACGACUGACGUCCGCUUUCAUCGAUUGUGUUGUGCAUUGAAAAAAAUUGUGUGUGCAAAAGCGCUAGGAAUAAAGAUAUUAUUAAAUUCUCGCUAAUUGCACGACGUAGUCGCUAUUCUCAGGGGCAGUGCUAUCGUCACUAUCGUAGUUCCGCUCGGCCAAAUCGUACUCCACAUUUUUACUGACGAUGAGUCCGCUAAUGUCCAAGGCGUACUCCCUUUGCCAUUUCCGUCCAGGAUUCAACUUGGUAGUUCGUUUGUUUUCAGUGUCUAUUUAUCACAACACACGAUUGGCCGAGGUGGGUAGACUUGAAUUGCCGAAGGCUCAGGGUAAAUAUGAAACGGGUCAACUAUUCCUGCACCGCGUGUUUGGGUACCGCGGUGUCAUACUGUUUCCCUGGCUGGCCAGAGUGUACGACCGUGACUUGCCGAAUCAGUCCAAAGGCAAUCAACUGGAAAGCGUCGCUUCCGAAUCGGCCGACGGCAGUGCUACCAAUGACAAUACGAGCAAAGAGGUGCAGAAGAAAACGCACACGUUCUACCAGGUGUUGAUUGAUCAGCGGGACUGCCCGUACAUACGUGCUCAGACGGAAGCGGUGACAUUUUUGGGAAAUCAAGAAUCGAGCCGAAGUCUUUACGCUAUUCCUGGUCUGGAUUACGUAGCACACGAGGACAUACUACCGUACAGCUCUGGCGAACAGCAUCCUUUGCAGCACGAGCUGUUUGAUAAAUUCCUGGCGCACCAGCCGGACAAGGAACCGCCGUUCGUGGCGCAGGAAACGCUACGCGCAUGGCAGAAGAAGAACCAUCCGUGGCUAGAGCUGUCCGAUGUGCACAAGGAAACGACAGAAGGCAUUCGCGUAACGGUCAUCCCGUUCUACAUGGGUUGCAGAGAAACUCCGGCAGCUUCAGUGUAUUGGUGGCGCUACUGUAUUCGUUUAGAAAAUCUUGGCGAGCUUAGCGUACAGUUGAGGGAGAGACACUGGAGAAUAUUUUCCCUAUCAGGAACUCUGGAAACCGUGCGUGGACGAGGCGUGGUCGGUCAAGAACCCAUCUUGAGCCCACGACUGCCGGCUUUCCAGUACAGCUCGCACGUCAGUUUACAAGCGCCCAGCGGUCACAUGUGGGGAACGUUCCGUAUGGAGCGCGAAGAUGGCCACAUGUUUGAUUGCCGCAUUCCACCGUUUUCGCUCGAAAGCAAACCAGAUGACAACAGUGGAACCGGCAAUAUUGACGACACGAACGCCAGUCUUGGUGCGUCCUCGAAGCACCCGUCUUCCGGUGGAGGAGCGAGCGAUGAAACGAUACCCUCGCCCACUUCGACCAACACGACGACGACAUCCACGAAACCAAAUACUAAAAAUAGCAAAAACGACGGAGAUGACAACGUUUGAUGCAACGGCCGGAAUUGUUGCUUUACUAGGGUAUGCAAAUCUAGGCAUCAGUUUACGCGAGCCAUAAUCGGGAGACGCACACGCUCAGUCAGAACUCAUGUAAAUAAACCUAUAUAUCGUUAAAUUUAUUGAACUGCAAGGAGAAUAUAAACGUAAUUUAGCACGAA